AUGGAGACUUCGAAGAUGAAGGUGGUCAUUCCACGUGGCUUCAGGACACUGCUGGAGGGAGUGAUAGAAAACCACCCGGAUGACGUUGCGGAGUUUUUAGCUCUCUAUUUCCAAGGAUUCGUGCCUUUCGAGAAGGUUUGGAACCCUAAUCUGGAUAUAAAAGAACUGAUUGAAAAUUUCAAGUUCUUUAGCGGAAAUGGGGAUGACAGACUGGAAAAUAAGGUAUCAGAGUACACAGAAACUUUGUUUUAUGAGGAGCCCAAGCAAAAGGACAGGUGUACUGACACAGAGGAAGACGAGCUCCUUGAAGAACCUGAAAUCCAGUAUAGCUGCAAAAUAACUCAACACCCAUCAGAUACCAGUUGCAUUGCAGAAAGCAAAUCCCCCACUGAAUGUGAUGUAACUUUAUCCUCUGCAGGAACUGAACUGGUGUAUGUCCCUGCUGAGCCUGCACAGCUUGCUGUUCAUGUGCUAGCCAUGGUAUCAAGUGAAGCCAGACAACCACCAUGUUAUGUGUGGACCCUCUAGUGCCUAGUUGACUUGAACCAAGGUCAAAAGUCACCACCUCAUGCUGGAGCUGGUGGUCAUUCCCAGGCAGCCUUGGGAAAUCAACAGUGUGGGCAGCUGUCACAUGCAUCUGCUCCAAUUUAUGUGAUGGAAGAAGAAAGCAAGAGGGAAAACGCUCCACCUUUCAUUUUGGUGGGCUCUAAUGUUCAGCACCUGCAGGACUGGAAACCUAUUCCUGGCCACACUGUGUUUGAACAACAAGAUGCAGGUCCCAGGAAGCGAUUCACUGUAGUCCCAGUUCCCUGGCCAGAUGAUGAGGAAGCUGAUCUGGCAAGCCUCAAGUCUAAGCUAUGUGCACCAGAUGUUGUUUUAGUUGCCAUCCCUCUGGGUGAUGAUGUGGCUGCAAAGACAGACUCCCUAGCUGGUGAUGAGCACACAGGUGUAAAUGCUUUUGCAGAAAGCUAUGGUACUGCAUGA